AUGGCGGCCCUCAAACUUUUUUCCCUCGCCUCUGCGUCUGUGCUCGUGAUGGCUAACGCUGUCCAUCAAAACGCAAAGCAAAGCCCAUUGACAACGAGAGCAGUAACCGCAACCUACACUGUAAAUCUUGGCACCGCUGGUGUGUGCCUCGACGAAAUCAACGCUGCACGCGAAAAAGCUGGACUGACACACUUCAAAGAGGCCAGCGACGGAGAACACCAGUUGCCUAAAGCCGAAGUAGAGGAAACCGAUUCGCCGCACACUAGUCCCUGGGAUCCUGUUUGUAAAGCUCUGAUAGAAGAAGAAGCAGAAAAACCACAAGAGUCCCGCGAAUCAAAUGGAUUUAACAGUGGCACAUACGCCUUCAUGGCCUUGGAAUCAGAGACACCCGACUGCGCCGCCGCAGUGAACCACUGGAAGGACGCCGCCAGCAAUUUCACUACAAUCCCUCCGCCAAAGAAGAACGAGCUGAACCUCUACGACAAACAGCAGAACGUUUCCUUUGUUGCUCUGUACAACCCUUCAAACAAUGCCGCUGCUGACUGCCGUGUUGUUACCUGCACUCGACCGGCAGCUUCCGACAACUCACCAUCCAACUUCCGGAGUACUGCGGAAGAGAAGAAAGGCUAUGCUCUACUGUGCAUGACCACACCUGAAGCACUUAAAGACAACGAAGCUCCCUUCACGGACGAGCAGUGGAACAAGAUCAAGGCAUCUCUCACAGGCUCAGCCGCUGCUGUUGCCCCGAGUUUGCUUGCCGUGGCCAUUGCGGCCCUUGGCUUGUUGGCCCUUUAA